UCACAUCUGUGUGCGGCCGUGAGGGCCGCGAUUUGCACAGGCACCAGAGCCCAUUCAUUUGAAUGGACUCCUGUGCCCUGGGACACACAGGGAAGAAGUCCCUGCAUACUUUGGAAAUUACAGCCUGCACGGGAACCGAGGUUCCCAGUACGGUUGCGAUUUCCAGUGCAGGCAGCAUGCCAUUAAAGUUAAUGGCACCCGCCUGCGGGUCUUGCAUUCCUCUGUGUGGAUGGGGAGGCUGAAAAUUUUCGUGUGGAUCCGCAGUGGCACCACCUGCACAGAUGUGAACCUAGGGUCACAGCUCAUCACCCAUGCUCUCACC